AUGACUGUGGUGUCCCAGGAGAACCACGACGAAGCUGUGGUCGUUGCUCCGUUGUUGCAAGAUGCUGCUGAUCUGGAACCAGCAGACCAAGAGUGCAGCGAGAGGGUCGUUAUUAACAUCUCUGGUCUGCGUUUUGAGACUCAAUUAAAGACCCUCUCACGUUUCCCGGCCACACUUCUGGGAGAUCCGCGUAAAAGGAUGCGCUUCUUCGACCCACUGCGAAAUGAGUACUUUUUUGACAGGAACAGACCAAGCUUUGAUGCCAUCCUCUAUUAUUAUCAAUCGGGAGGGAGGCUCCGGAGACCUGUCAGCGUACCAGUUGACAUAUUCAUGGAAGAGAUAAAGUUUUAUGAACUCGAUGAGGAGGCCGUGGACGUUUUCAGGGAGGAUGAGGGGCUGAUGAGGGAAGAGGAUCGCCCACUGCCCACCAAUGAGUUUCAGCGGCAGAUAUGGCUGCUGUUUGAGUAUCCUGAGAGCUCGGGGCCCGCACGGAUAAUAGCCAUUGUGUCCGUUAUGGUUAUUUUAAUAUCCAUUAUUAUCUUCUGUUUGGAAACACUGCCUGAAUUCAGAGAGGUUACCGCAGUACCCGACCCUUCUGUCAAUGGAAGUACUCACGGGAAAAAGCCCAAUCCAUUCACAGAUCCGUUUUUCAUGGUGGAGACUCUUUGCAUUGUGUGGUUCUCUUUUGAAUUCACGAUGAGGUUUCUCUCGUGUCCCAGCAAACCCGCUUUCUUUAAAAACAUCAUGAACUUGAUAGACGUUGUAGCCAUCGCACCUUAUUUCAUCACCCUGGGCCUUGAUCUAGCAGAGCACCAGGGCAGCAGUCAGCAGGCUGCGUCUUUGGCCAUACUGAGGGUCAUCCGUCUGGUGCGAGUUUUCAGGAUUUUUAAACUCUCCAGACACUCCAAGGGUCUCCAAAUUCUCGGCCAAACGCUUCAUGCAAGCAUGAGAGAGCUGGGACUGCUGAUUUUCUUCCUGCUAAUAGGAGUGGUUUUAUUCUCCAGUUCUGUUUAUUUCGCAGAGGCAGAAGACUCCGAUUCUGGAUUCACAAGUAUACCUGAUGCGUUUUGGUGGGCUGUGGUAACCAUGACCACAGUUGGAUAUGGAGAUAUGUGUCCGUCCACUAUCGGGGGGAAAUUCGUCGGAUCUUUGUGCGCAAUCGCAGGGGUUCUCACCAUAGCUUUACCUGUCCCUGUAAUUGUAUCCAAUUUCAAUUAUUUUUACCACAGAGAGAACAGCGACGAGGAAAACGUUCAAUACGUACACGUGACCUGUGGGCAGCAGCAGCCCUCCUUUGGUGAAUUUGAUUCAAGCAAAAGUAACCAAUCGCUCUCCAAAACUGAGUACCUGGAUGAUGAGGAUUCAGAAACCUUGAGAUGUCCAAACUUCAACCCAUUUGAGACAUACUCUGGGAAGCUGACAGAUGUAUAA